CAAAGCGAGCGUCCUUUUGUUAGUUCUAGUUGAUGUAUCGUUACAUGUUGUGAAUUUUGUCGCUUCUGUGUUUUUACUGAAAAUGUAAACACUGAAUCCGCCUCCAGUCUCUGAGAGGAUUCACAUCCAGCCAUUACUCGAGCAGACAAACGACAGAAAUGAUUCGCAGGCUUUAGCACUGAAGAGGAAACAGUAGUCCACGUUUCAGUUUUCUGCACAGUAUAUACAGUAUAAAAAGCUGCAGGUAUGAAGAUCACAGACAGCGUGUUACGCAGUUUCAGAGUCGCCAGGACAUACAGAGAAAACUCACAGAAGGUAAACUGUGUGGACUACAGCCCAAAUGGUGAAAAUGCAAUAUCAAGCAGCGACGACGACUGCAUUGUGUUAUAUGACAUCCGGGAGGGAAAACCCAAACGGACUCUGUACAGCAAGAAGUAUGGAGUAGACCUCAUCCGCUACACGCACGGAGACACACAGACGGUGGUCUACAGCUCCAACAAAGUAGACGAUACCAUAAGAUACCUGUCUCUGGUCGACAACAAGUACAUCCGGUAUUUCCCUGGUCACACUGCAAGGGUUAUUGCUCUCUCCAUGUCACCAGUGGACGAUACGUUUAUCUCAGGCUCGUUGGAUAAGACGAUCCGAAUCUGGGACCUGCGCUCUCCAAACUGUCAAGGUUUGACUAAUCCGCUGGGGAAACCUGUCUGUUCCUUUGACCCUGACGGGCUGAUAUUUGCCGCAGGCGUGGAAUCACAGGCCAUUAAACUGUACGACCUUCGUGCUUUCGACAAGGGUCCAUUUGCCUCGUUUGAGACGAGGUUUAAUCGCGUCUGUGACUGGACUGGACUCAAAUUCAGUAACGACGGGAAACAGAUUCUCAUCUCUACAAAUGGAGGGAUGAUUCGUGUCCUUAAUGCUUUCAAUGGAUCUGUGCUGCACACUUUUUCUGGCUAUAACAACAGUAGAGGCAUCUCCCUGGAGGCCUGCUUCACUCCUGACUCACAGUUUGUCAUGAUUGGUUCAGAGGACGGGAGGGUCCAUGUUUGGAGCACGGAGAGCGGGAUGAAGGUGGCCGUGCUGGACGGGAAACAUCCAGGACCCAUCAACACUCUGCAGUUUAACCCCAGAUACAUGACGUUCGCCAGUGCCUGCACCAACAUGCUGGUGCUAGAUUCAUACAGAGAGCCUGCAAACAGCUGGGACAAGGACUAUGAUCAGUUCCUUCUUCCUCUGCUCACGCCUCAGGAGCCGUGCUACAUCCUCUAUCGCCUGGACUCCCAGAAUGCACAGGGAUAUGAGUGGAUCUUCAUCGCCUGGUCACCUGACCAAUCACCAGUGAGGCAAAAGAUGAUGUACGCAGCUACACGUGCCACACUGAAGAAAGAGUUUGGAGGAGGUCAUAUCAAAGACGAGGUGUUUGGCACAGUCGAGGAGGACCUGUGCUUCCAGGGAUACCUGCGACACAUGUCCUCCUGCUCCUCCCCAUCUCCUCUCACAGCAGCCGAGCAGGAACUGCAACGAAUCAAAGUCACAGAGGAUAAAGUUGGUCUUGCAUUCCCGUUACAAGAAGAGGCCAAACGAGCUCUGCAGCAGCUCAAGCAGAAACGCAUCAACUACAUACAGCUGAGGCUGGAUGUAGAGAAAGAGACCAUUGAGCUGGUCCACACCAAACCUACAGAGACCCACGAGCUUCCCUACAGGAUUCCCACAGAUUCGCCUCGAUACCACUUCUUCAUCUUCAAACAUUCCCACCAGGGCCAGCUGCAGGAGGCGCUGGUGUUUAUCUAUUCGAUGCCUGGGUACACCUGUAGUAUCAAGGAGAGGAUGUUGUACUCCAGCUGUAAGAACAGGCUACUGGAUGAGGUGGAGCGAGACUACCAGCUGGAGGUCACCAAAAAGGUACAGGUCACCAAAAUCACCCACGUAUACAAUGACGAGCACACACUAUCUAACUUUGUUCAUAUGUGUGCGUAUUAUUCUGUGUGUGUAGAUGGAGAUAGACAACGGCGACGGCCUGACAGAAGACUUCCUGUACGAGGAGGUCCACCCGAUGGAGCACACCUUAAAGCAGGCCUUUGCCAAGCCCCGUGGACCAGGAGGCAAGAGGGGCAACAAACGCCUCAUCAAGGGUGCAGGGGAGAACGGGGAGGAAAGUUAGACACUGUGCACACACAUAUACAAGUACACACACAAACUGACCCGAUAUCUAUGAAUUGAUUUGUUAUUUAACUGUUUAGCUUCUAGCCAUUCCUUCUUUAUUUUUACUUGAGGGCAUACAUUUCACACUGAACAUGAGGAAAAAAAGUAGAUCCACCAUAAAGCAGAAUUCACUCAUACGUCUUCCUGUGGUGAAAUUAAGUUGUUAAAUGUGAACAGUUUGUGAAAGUGAACGCCAAGAUAUUAAAUUCUCAUCAAAAUAAAGUUCAGG